ACCGACAUACAAAGGUCCAACUUGUGAAAACAUCAAUAACCUCAUCGCACUUCGUAUAAAUAGUUCGGAUCGCAAACGUUACGAGUUAAUAGAACAAGUAGUGAUGAAAUCCCUCUUCGUGAUCGUCUUCCUUCUUGGUGGAGGAGCGUUGGCGAAAUACUUUCCGCAGGAAAUCUUGGAUAUUUGGAACAAAAUCGCAGACCCUUAUAGUACAGAAUGCGCGUUACAAGCUGGAGUAACAAAGGACUAUGUGAGGGAGGAGUUGUUAAAGGGGUCCGUUCCCGAUAGUCUGCAGUUUAAAAAUUACUUCGUUUGCAUCUACGAACACUUGGAGCUGUUCGAUACGGAUGGAGAAUUUAGCAAGCAGAGGAUACAUAAGCUGGUACCCUACAUGAGCGUACCCUUUACGGAGGUGUGCGUUACCGAGUCCAAGAAAGGAAGGGAUCGCUUGGAAAAGUCGUAUCUCAUGCUUGGAUGUGUUGUGAACGGCCUUAGUAAUGAUGACUGAAGCUUGUGUUAUCACACCUGUUUUUCAUAACUGUCUUUUUAUUAUUAAAUUUUGAGUACAAUA